UUCGAUAAAGCCAACGGAUGUAUAUCGACAAUCGAACUGGUAUCAAUUGAGCGAGCAUUUUUAUUUAUUUACAAACAAAAAUGUCGCUAAUAAAAAAUUUAGUAAAAGAAACGGAAAAUAAGCCUCGAAAAAAGAAGAAGAAUGGUGACUCAGACAGCGACACUGAGAAAGAAAAGGAGAAGCCUGUGGGACCAUUUAUUAAAUCAGCUACGGAUCUCCAAAGGCUUAAGCUAGAGAAGCUCAUGAAAAAUCCCGAAAAGCCAGUUAUCAUACCGGAGCAACGGCGCGAGCGUGACUACAUGUCCUCUGUGCCCACAUUUGUGCGCAAUGUGAUGGGCAGCAGUGCUGGUGCCGGAUCCGGAGAAUUCCAUGUCUACCGUCACUUGAGAAGGAAAGAGUACGCACGUCAGAAGACUAUACAAAACCAAAGCUUGCGAGAAGCCGCUGACGAUGCUUAUCAACAGAAAUUGGAUGAUAAUAAGAGAGCAGCCGAUGAGCGCACAGCCAAAAAGAGAGCAAAGCGCCUUAAAAAGAAGCAACGUGCCAAGCGACCACGCGAGCAAAAACCGAAAGACCAGGAUAAGCCAGAGAGCGAAUCCAGUGGCAGUGCGUCAGAGGCUGAAGCUGAAGAGAAGGAAACGCCUGUCGAAGAUCAGACAACAGCUAAGGAAGAGCACGAGCCAGCAGCCGCUGAAGAAAUCGCGACCGUUGCCGACAAGCCACAGACACCUGAAACCACAGAUGCAGAGCCGCAGCCGACUUGAAUGAAACAAACACACAUAGCUUAUGUUUUAUUAGUGAAACAAACUUAUGUUUUUAUUUGUAUUUAAUAUUCAUAUAUUAACCAAUUUCUGUAACGAUUAAAUUGCCACUGUAGUUUAUAAUUGGCUUUUGUUAUCGCUCUUCGUUUUCGGAUUUAACUUCAUAAUAUAGGCCAUCGAUUUAAAGCAGCUUUGGUGAGAGAAAGUGUUUAAAGAAAUACAUAUGUAUUUUUAAUUCCACUAUAUAUUUUAUGCUAGAUUUGAUGUAUGUGUGCAUAUAUAUUUAGUGCAUACUGUAAAUGCUUUGAAAAUUGCUCUGGUGCAAAGUUAAUAUUACCCCGAUUCCAGUUUUUGACAAAGGGUAUGUUUUCUUUUUUUGGUUUUGUUUCUUGAAGAAGCAAUCUUUAUUGUUUAUUAUGUUUGUUGUGUUGGUUUUUUUUCCAUAUGCCUAUGCUGUUCAAUUUUAAAUAAUUUCUUGUAAUAUUGCGAACUUUUUCAAGUUGUUUCACAAAAUAAUCAUGUAACAGAAAUACAGAUAUAGUAUACUACAUUUAUGAAGCCUUUGCACUUAAAUGAAAAUAUUUAUAUAUUUAAAAUUACAUUUGCAUUUUGUCUAACAUAAAUCGUAUCGAACUUAAAACAAACUUAAACUUGAAGUGCUUGUUGUUGUUGUUGUUUCUAUAAACCUUUUAGCAAAAAGGAACACAAAACGUAAAAAAGCUGUUAGUGUAAUUGAAAACAAAUUACCUCAAUUUAGUUUUAAAAGUAAAUUCAAGUAACGCUUACAAUAAUUUUUUGCAUUUUACAAUUGUUUUUCAUAUAUUCAUUUCGAACUAUUUUUCUACGAAAAUUUUUCAACUACUUUUUGUAAGAUUUUGUCGGCUAGCGAGCGUGUUUUGUUGUUGUUCUUUCUUAUAUAAUUUGUUUUUAUUUUGAAGCGUGGGCGUGGGUCUACACAGCAUUUAAAUUAACAGUAAUUAUAUUUAAUAUUAAAGUUUAUAUAUAUAUCAUGUACUUUGUAUAUAGUUGGUAGGUAGGUAAGUUAGUUAGUUUUGAGGCCGUACAAUAAAUAAAUAUCUCGUUUAUCGCUGCUUGCUCGGAUUUGUAAACUUUAGACAUACAUUAUAUAUAUAUUAAAAUACACAAAUGUGUUGCUAUUGUUGUUGUUGUAGCAAAGGUGGCUGAGACUGUA